CCCACCAUGCCGAACACAGCCAUCGUCCACGCCUAUCGACAUAUUCUGCGCAAUAGCUUGAGAGCGAUACAGUUUUCCAGACCUGCGCGGUUCACGUUGCUUGACCGAGUCCGCGCAGCCUUUCGGAAAGGGGCUGUUGCCGACUAUGACGAGCAAAAGAUCGCGAAUACUGUCGAGUUCCUGCGAUACGCCGCGAAACAAAAUGGGCUGGAGCACAAGAUCAUAAAGAAUCUCAUGUACGUAUGGUGGCAACAGGAUAGAGGUGGUCGCACAAGAGGAAAGACCAAAUCUCGCUUUCGGGACCAUCUCGAGAUCCGCACGACUGCCUACGAUACCCUCAAUCAUAAUAUUCGCAUGUUGAAUGAAAGCAUGGGGACCUGUAUCCCAUCGAUGACCUCUCGAGACCCUCCCGGUAUCUGAACUACCACCGAAGCCGCUGCUGAACAACCGAAGCCGCUGCUGAACAACCGAAGCCGCUGCUGAACAACCGAAGCCGCUGCUGAACAACCGAAGCCGCUGCUGAACAACCGAAGCCGCUGCUGAACAACCGAAGCCGCUGCUGAACA